UUCUAUUUUUACCCAGUUCAGUGACGUGGACACUGUCAAAGUUGUGAUUAUCUUUACAGUUUUUAUCGCUGGACUUACCUGCUGACAGGUUGUGUUAUUCUCUACAAAGAAGACUUUAGUCCUUCUUAGGUUGCAUAUCAUAAAAGCAGUCUGAGUCACCGCGCGAAAAUUACAUGCGUUGUUGUUGUAUGUAGACCUGUCUGUCAGCGUUACACACGUUUUCAGCUUUUUACUGUGUAGAAACUUUGUAUUCGAGUUCUGUGUAGACAAUGAAAGUGUAGUAAGGCGUAAAUGACGGAUACGUGGAUUGAAGAUUGAAACAUUUACAGUUCUGGAAAGACAGACAUGUCAAACGUGCGGUUCACAGUCUCCAAGCCUGGCACGGAAGAUGUCCCCCUAGGAGAAGGGACCCAGGACGGGCCAGGCUUGACAUAUGGCUCACUGCCGGGAGGUGACAAUACUUCUGUUCAAAUCAUCGACAGCAAUGGGCAGGGUGCAAAAUUUGCUGGGGACUACGCCGUCAUUUAUGGUGAAGAUACAAAAAAUCGUGAGAAUAUCCCGUUGGCAGGUGCAGAGGAACAGGCUAACUAUGGCCAGAUGGCACUGUAUGAGGAAGAUCUGUCAGAACGGGGGAAGAUAUCUCAGAUUCUGGCCACCAUAGGCAAAUACCAGGCUGGGAUAACACCCGAUCCUAACGAUGUAGAGAACAGUGCUAAGAAGCCCCAGAGUGCCAAACUGGGCCUGCUGAUGGGAGUGUACCUACCAUGUAUUCAGAACAUCUUUGGGGUGAUCCUGUUUAUACGUCUUACCUGGCUAGUUGGAAAUGCUGGUCUUGUUGAGAGCUUCUUUAUCGUGCUCAUCUGCUGUAUGACAACCAUGUUAACAGCCAUUUCAAUGAGUGCCAUUGCGACGAAUGGGGUGGUUCCUGGAGGAGGAGCCUAUUUCAUGAUCUCCAGGGCAUUGGGGCCAGAGUUCGGGGGAGCUGUAGGGGUUUUAUUUUACCUUGGCACAUCAGUUGCAUCUUCCAUGUAUAUUAUUGGUGCUGUGGAAAUUUUAGUGACUUACAUAGCACCAUCCAUAUCUAUAUUUGGAGACAUAACCAUUGUAGCCAAUGCCUUCAACAAUUUCCGCGUGUACGGAACCUGCCUUCUGAUCGUUCUGAUCAUCUGUGUGUUUGUGGGCGUCAGCUUUGUCAGCAAGUUUGCGCCCAUCUCCCUGUUUUGCGUGCUUCUCUCAAUUGUAUCUAUUUAUAUUGGGAUUUUUGCUGCCAACCCCGAUGAAAGUGUCAGAAUUUGUAUGCUAGGUGACCGUUUGUUGACCAGGGAGUUUGUUACUGACAACGGAGUCUUCAUGUGUAAUAAAACUGACAAUGGACCGAUCUAUAUGGCUUACUGUGUCAAUGAGACUGACGAAGCUCUCUGCAAAUUCUAUGAGGAAAACGAUGUGGUCAAUGCUCCGGGCAUCCCUGGUCUUGCCAGCGGCAUUGUGAACGACAACAUCUUUAACAAGUACAGCAUACAGGGGAACAUCCCAGGUUCCGAAGAGGAAGCGUCAAGGUCACGAGGCGAGGUCAUGGCAGACAUUACCACCAGCUUCACAGUACUGUUGGCCAUCUUCUUUCCGUCUGUCACAGGAAUUAUGGCGGGUUCAAAUCGCUCUGGGGAUUUGGCGGAUGCUCAAGGCUCCAUUCCCAGAGGAACUAUCUCAGCCAUUGCCACUACCAGUAUUGUGUACUUGACAUGUGUCCUGUUUUUUGCUGGGACAAUCACAGGGGAACUCAUGAGAGACAAAUUUGGAGAAAGUAUUGGGGGUGGUUUGGUAGUUGCCAAUCUUGCUUGGCCUCACCCCUAUGUUAUACUGGUCGGUUCUUUUCUCUCCACGGUGGGGGCGGGGCUUCAGAGUUUGACAGGAGCCCCACGUCUGCUUCAGGCCAUUGCUCAGGAUGGCGUUUUGCCAUUUCUAAACGUCUUCAAGGUAACAACGAAGAAAGGGGAGCCAAUGAGAGCCAUAUUGUUGACAGCAGCCAUAUCUGAGAUAGGAAUUCUGAUUGCUAGUCUGGAUUAUGUAGCACCUAUCAUCACUAUGUUUUUCUUGAUGUGCUAUGGGUUUGUAAACAUGGCCUGUGCUCUGCAGACAUUAUUAAGGACCCCUAACUGGAGGCCAAGGUUCCGCUUUUAUCACUGGACCCUGUCCCUGCUUGGCCUGGCUAUGUGUAUAGCCCUCAUGUUCAUCUCCAGCUGGUACUACGCCCUCCUCGCUAUCGCUUUGGCAGUCUGCAUCUACAAGUACAUCGAGUACAAAGGAGCUGAGAAGGAAUGGGGAGAUGGUAUACGUGGUCUGGCCAUGUCUGCUGCCAGGUAUGCCCUGCUUAACCUUGAGCAAGGGCCGCCCCACACCAAGAACUGGAGACCCCAGCUGUUGGUCUUGAUGAAAUUGGAUUCAAAUCUCAAACCUAAAUAUACACAGAUGGUCACCUUUGCUGGUCAGCUGAAAGCAGGUAAGGGAUUGACCAUGCUGGCCAGUGUGUUACAGGGUCAUCAUAGGGACAGGUUUGCUGAUGGUCAAGCUGCCAAACAGGCACUGACUAAGCUGGUCCAGGAGACAGGAGUGAAGGCAUUUGCUGAUAUCCUCAUUGCCAAAAAUGUGACGGAGGGUCUCAGCCAUAUAAUCCAGGCUGCUGGUUUGGGAGGAUUAAAACAUAACACUGUGGUAUUAGGCUGGCCGUAUGGCUGGAGACACAGCCCUGAUGUUAGAAGUUACAGGGUCUUCUUAGACACUGUCAAGAAUGUGAUAUACAGCCAGUUGUGCCUGCUGGUGGUGAAAGGGGUAGACAUGUUCCCACCCAGUUCCCAGAAACUCAGCGGCACCAUUGAUGUCUGGUGGAUUGUGCAUGAAGGAGGACUGCUGAUGUUGUUACCAUUCUUACUGAGACAGCACAAGACCUGGAAGAACUGCAGACUGAGGAUCUUUACUGUGGCCCAGCUGGAGGAUAACAGUAUUCAGAUGAAGAAAGAUUUGGAGCAUUACCUCUACCAGCUAAGGAUAGAGGCAGAAGUGGCUGUCAUUGAAAUGAAUGAAGGGGACAUCUCGGCCUAUACAUAUGAGAGAACAUUGAUGAUGGAGCAGAGGACAGAGAUGCUGAAGGAGAUGAGAGUGAAAGAUAUCAAGGCACCACAGGUAAUCGUAGACAAAGCUCACACACCCACUCACCGUAACGUCCCCAAGAUAAAGCUGACAUCUGUGCCAGAGGAGCCCAAUCCCCAGGAUUCCCCCUCACCCCCCAGCAGCCUCAGCGUCUCUGUUUCUGACAUCAACCAGUUCACAUUCUCACCUCAGAACUCCAAGUCUGUUGCCAAGGAGUUUGGAAAUCUUAAGCCGAAUGAUCGCAAUGUCAGAAGGAUGCACACAGCAGUGCGCCUGAAUGAGACCAUUGUAGAUAAGUCCCACUCUGCCCAUCUGGUCAUCCUCAACAUGCCCGCACCUCCUAAAUCAGAGGCAGGAGAGGAAAACUACAUGGAGUACCUGGAGGUGUUGUGCGAGGGGCUGGAACGAGUGCUCAUGGUGAGGGGCAGUGGACGGGAGGUGAUCACAAUCUAUUCCUGACCACUGACAUCUGAGCACUAUUUUUACACAGCAGUCAUGCCAUGUUUCUUGUUAUUUGUUGGAAAUUUUCCUUUGCAGCAGCUGACAUCAAACUUUGUCUGCCCAACAACUCUUCAUCAUAUGGCAUGAGCUAAAACUAGUUGAAUUGUUUCUGCAAGAACUGUGAAAAUGUAUGUGUGAUCUGCAGUAUCUAAGGAGUGGAAGUAGAAACUGCUUUAUGUGGAAAUAUAUUACCUUGGAAUGUAGUGCUGAUUAACAAAGAUUUGCCACUUUCAUGUAUCAAUGAAAAAUAGUACUAAGAUUUCCCUUUGAAUGUGAAUAGUUCUAAAUGAUUUGCUGUGAAGUUGAGAUGUUGAUACCUCUGUUUAUUUGCAGCUCAUGAAGUAUGCUUUAGGGAGGGAACUAUACAAAGGUGAAGUGUGUUUUAGGGAGGGAACUAUACAAAGGCGAAGUGUGUUUUAGGGAGGGAACUAUACAAAGGUGAAGUGUGUUUUAGGGAGGGAACUAUGCAAAGGUGAAGUGUGUUUUUGGGAGGGUACUAUACAAAGGUGAAGUGUGUUUUAGGGAGGGAACUAUGCAAAGGUGAAGUGUGUUUUUGAGAGGGAACUAUACCAAAGGUGAAGUGUGUUUUAGGGAGGGUACUGUACAAAAAUGAAGUGUGUUUUGGGGAGGGUGUGUACAAAGAUGAAAUGUUUAUGGACAAACUUACUUGUGGUGAGCUCAACCAUGUGUUUUUAAUUGUCUUCAUCACCAGACAUCGUACAUGUAAAAUAUGUCAGUUGUACAGGUAUUCAAUUGUAGACUGAUUUGAAAUUGUCAAUUAUAGGAUGUCUAAGAGUGAGGCAAAGCUUAAGAGGUGUACAGCCUGGGAGCUAUUGAUUGUGGAUAUUCUGAAGGGGGCAUAACUCUUGGACAAAAAUGCCUGGGCCUAUGCUACUGGCCCACAGCAUUACCUUAGUUUAGAUCAACACCACUACUAUUGAGAAGCAUGGUCAAAAGCACACACUGAACCUGUGCUGUACUGUACUGUAUUGUAUUGUACUGUACUGUACUGUGCUGUACUGUGCUGUGCUGAGAAGAACAGCCUAUGCAGUUUAUUUUUCAAAGUGCGUAAUUUUGUAGACUGUAUAUACAUGUGAGCCGUAUUUUGUAAUUCAGAGAUUGCCACCCAUUGCUUAUAGCCUUAGGUGUUGGGUGUAGAGACCCCCAGCAUAUGAUACAGCCUUGUAUCGUCAGUUUGUAGUGAUAUAUUUUUGGCAGAUUAUUUUGAAAUUGUACAGGGGAGAGCUAGAAGCAUAAGUGGGUCAAUACAAGAUCUUUGUAAAGCAUUCACCAGAGACCGAGGUUCUCCUGUACAUGUACUUCUCUGAGAUAUAUUGGAUAAAAGUUAUUGGGGGAAAAAUAUAUAUAUUUUCACGUUCUGGUAAUUCACAUACUGUAUCUGAAGGGUAAGGGUUAUGUUGUUAAAACUUAAACCACUUCAAUUUUGAAACGUGUUCUCUGUUUUGUCACAAUUGUUAAUUUAGAAUCUCUUGUCUGUGAAUUUAUAGUUUUUUGCUACUUUUGUUUUCUUGCCAUGAACUUUGAAAAAUCUCAAACCUCAUUGAAAUGUCAAAUUUGCAUCUUUAGCAUCAGCUUUUUGACCCAACUUAUGCAUGUAUAAUCUUAGAAGUCACUGAUUCUGAUGCCAGAACAGAAAUCGAUAAUUCUGGUGACAAGAGAAAUCAUUGAUUCUGAUGACAGAACAGAAAUCGAUAAUUCUGCUACAACAGAAAUCAUUGAUUCUGAUGACAGAACAGAAAUCAGUAAUUCUUGUGACAAGAGAAAUCAUUGUUUCUGAUGACAGAACAGAAAUCAUUGAUUCUGAUGACAGAGCAGAAAUCAAUAAUUCUGCUGACAGAACGGUGCAUGGAGAUUAUUAAUGGUGAGAAUUUUUGGUGAGAAUUCCUUUGAUAUUUACAUAUAUUAGUACAUAUUACAAAUCAUAGUGCACUUGACAAGAUUUGAAUGUCGUCAAUCAUAGCCAAAUGUAACAAAAGUCCAUCUGACAUCACCUGCACAACAUACUACUAUUUAUCAGGCAUAGCGCCCGUUUUAUUCAGAAGGUGUGUUUAGGAGUAAGCUGUGCUUUGGUGGGACCUCAGAAAACUGCUAAUGGCAUGUGUCUGGACUAAAGCAGCAUAAACCAGUUGAAAGGACAGGAUAGAUGUUGCAGAUGUAUUUUUAAGUCCAUGUGGAGGUAAGUUAAAAAUCCCAGCUGGCCCCUGUUAAACAUAAGGCGUGCAUGAAACUUACUGAGCAUUAUUACAGGAGGUCUUUCAGCAAAGUUCAUAUUACUGAGCAUUAUUACAGGUAGUCAUUCAGCAAAGUUCAUAUUACUGAGCAUUAUUACAGGUGGUCAUUCAGCAAAGUUCAUAUAAAUGAUCGCUUAGUUUUCAUGCCAUUCUUGGUGACAGCAAUCGUAACAUCCCAACACCACAAAACCAGUGAUCAUAUGUAACCACUCUGUUAUGCUUACCUGACAUUUGACUUGUUUGCAACAAUAUUGAUUACAAUUGUCCAUACUCAUGUUUUUGAGUGACAGUUCAGAAACGCUCGACCCGUGCAUAAGGAAGGAAAGUGCAGAGAAAAGCGGUUUUGUAACCUAGUUCAUCUUCAGAUACUUAUAUAUAUAAACUCAGAGCAGGCAAAGGUACUUUGUGAAUUCAAGAUGUAUACAGCUAAGUCACGAUAUAGAAAUUCUCCUGUACUUUGCCUUAAUUCUUAUCCUAGAAAAUUUCUAAGAAUAAGUGAAGGUAUUUUAGAUAAAGUUUGUCUGAUGAUAACUUUCCUGCGUCGUCGUUUUGGUUACUGUACAGGCAAGUUUUGGCAAUGCCUUUUGGCAGAUACCCUGAUAUAUGCUCCCAUCCCCAUCCUCCCUUAGCAAACAGAUAUCAAAGUGGCCACAGAUUAGCAAAUAGGUAGCAAACUGCCCACUCAGAUUAGCAAAUAGAUAGCAAACUGGCCACUCAGAUUGGCAAACAGAUAUCAAAGU